AUGCAGGAACCAGCCGUGCAGCACACCAUCUCAACUUUUGUGCACUCCCGUCUCCUACCCAGUGCUGCUGUAAUGUACUCUGGGCGAUUCGUCUGGGCUCUUCAGCCUGGAGGUUACCAGAAAUUAAGCAUGUCCCUGUCCAUCCCAUCUCUCGAGUACAUGGCUUGGGCAUACAUCUUAACACAAGGUACUUUCAUCUUGAUUCUGACUGCCACGUUGUCGAGGUGCGACCCUCCUCACCACGCUCAACCUACCUUAUGUACAUUUACUGCUAUCGCCCUGUGCUCGGCGUCCCUGGCCACCCUGCUAGUGCCUUCCUACCACCCGGGCCCCCUUCCCAGAUCCAAGGUACCUCGCCGUAGCCUGCCAACUGCCACUCACGGUGUGCCCCCCGUCCCGCCCGGGUCUAGGUCCCAGCUGCCGUCCGAUGAAUAUAUUACUUCCCACUUCUUCCAUCCUCCACCGUGGAUCUACACCCCGACCUCACCUUCUCCAUUCCACCACUUUUCCCUACAGCCCUCUUUGACCUGUCUCAUUCCACUCACUCACCACUUUCGUCACUCACCGAGUCGCGAUAUACACCCUUCACUUCACCAGGUGCUCCGGUAUCAGCACCCAUACAGUCCCUACUCAACCAGCAAGAGUCCCAGCGACCACUUUGAUACCCGUCUCAUACCGCACAAUCACCCAACCGUACGAUCAACCACCAUGAAGUUCUCCGCUGCCACUACUUUGGCUGCCCUUCUGGGCGCCGCCUCGGCCGGCUCCAAGUCCGAUGACAGAACCUUUGCCGUCCUCCGCUUCAACAACAAGCAGCUCGUCAAGACCCGUGUUGAUCCCAUCAUCAACCCCGGAAAGCCCGCGACCCACGUUCACGGCGUCAUGGGAGGAAGCAACUUUGGCAUGUCGGCCACUGGCGAGACUCUAUCCCAGUCCAAGUGCACCAACGCCAUGAUCAACGGCGACAACAGCGCCUACUGGUUCCCGUCUCUUUACUUCCAGGACCCCAAGACCAAGGAGUUUGAGGCUGUCGAUGUUUUCUAUGUCAACGUCUACUACUUCUUCGAUGGCACCGAUGAUGAGAUCAAGGCCUUCCCCAAGGGCCUGCAGAUCUUUAGCGGUAAUUCCUCCGCUCGCGUUGCCCCGUCGUCUGGAGGCAAGGAGAACCUCGAGCCGGCGGACGGCUCCAUCCAGCCUGUUCAGUGGACUUGCCCCAGAUCCAACUACAACCCGCCAUCGUACCCUGCCAACUCUGACGGCACUACCGCCGGCAUCGUCGAUCCCAACAAUGACGGCUCCGGAGUCGGCUUCCCCGACCAGAACUGCGACGGCUACGCUUCUCCCCUCCGUGCCGAUGUCCACAUGCCUUCCUGCUACAACCCCAACGCUGCCCUGACCGACUACGAGAGCAUGGCCUGGCCCUCGAACAAGGGUGCGUCGAACAGCCGCCGCAAGAACUGCCCUGCCGGAUGGAUCCACGUUCCUCACAUGUUCUUCGAGGUCUACUGGGACACUCCCAAGUUUGCCAGCCGCUGGACUCCCGGCCAGGGCUCGCAGCCCUUUGUCCUCUCCAACGGUGAUGCCACUGGUUACAGUCUCCACGCCGACUUCAUCGCUGCUUGGGAUGAGACCGUUCUCCAGCAAAUCAUUGACAACUGCAACGCCGGCUCUUCUGGUAUGGACAAGUGCCCUGGUCUCCUCAAGGGCCUAAACACCAACAAGGACUGCACAACCUCCUCUCCCGUUGACGAAGUUGUCGAUGGUCUCAUGAGCAAGCUUCCCGGCAACAACCUCCUCACCUCCUUCGGUGCUGUCGUCAGCGGUGGCAGCAGCAGCGGCAGCAGCAGCGGCAGCGGUAGCGGCAGCGGUAGCGGCAGUGGUUCUGUUGCCAACCCUUCUGGUUCCUCUGCCUCGUCUGCGGCGACGGCUGCUUCUGCAAAGCCCUCCGCCGUCCAGCCUUCUGCCAGCAAGCCCGUCACCUCUGGCUACGUCAGCCAGGAGGAAGUCCCCAAGACAUCCGCCGUGGUUUCUUCCGAGCUUCCCAUUCAGGUCGCCCCUGAGAAGGCCAGCACCAAGGCUGCUGAGACGUCUGCCGCUGCCGCCGUCCCUACCACCAACGCAGUCGCGCCCAAGCCCUCGGCAUCUGGGUGCUCCCGCAAGACCAGGACCGUCUACAAGACCGUCACCGUCACCUCUCCCGCAGAGGAGUCCAAGGCCGCUGCGACCCCCGCCGGCUCUACCGACAACUACAAGGCCCGUCGCCACGUCCACGAACACGAGCACCUCCACCGCCACCGCAGCAACCGCAAUUACAUACACACCUUUGAACCGGGGGAAAGCAAAGCUUGGGGAACACGAGCAAGCUCAAGGGCAACUGGAUUCCGCUUCUUGUUUGUACCUUGGAACACAUACAUUUCGAUUCUUACAUGGGUCUCUGCAGACGAGGCACCGCAUUUGGGAAGGGGUUUUGAGAGGUGGUUAUUUGCUUGCCGUGUGAGAGGUGUAAGGCCCACCAAAUUGGCGCCUGGACGUCAAAUUAAGGUUAUUUCGUCCACGCGAAACAAGUCCACCUCAUUCAAUUGCCGAAGCAAGGGACACAUCGAGACAGGUGCGUGUGUGACAGUCUCAAUUGGCCAAGCAAUCAACACGCCCGUCCACUGCCGCCGGUCCCCACAAAUUCUCCGAGCCAGCGAUGCCCACUGUAGAAAUUUCUCUUCACCUCAUCCGCCGAUACCCCACAGCCGCACACCGAGACACGGCUGCGGUGACCAACGUCAAUAUACACGGACAGCCGGCACUAUGUCGCUAUAUCACGAGGCUGCCGACAUUCUUUCGGCGAGCUCCGACCACGGCGGCAGCUUAAAGAGUCGCGUCUUUGGCAAAAAAGGUCUCAAGUCGCCGCCAGCGCAGGUCUACGCCCUCGCACUGGAGACGUGCAAGUGGAGUGCCAUCUUGAAGGAGGUCAUCGAGGCGGCGGACAUUCUGCGCCAUGAGCGCAAGCUUACACCUUUGCUGGCGCUACUGCUGGUGCACGACUUCCUCCUGGCCAAGAAGGGUAUCGCGCUGCCCCAGUCUCACGGUCUCAGGACAACCAUUGAGCGGCACAAGGCGAGAUUAACCUCUGAGCUCACGCGCGCCCGCCUGAGGAGGAAGGUGUCGUCGUUGGAACUGCUGCGGGCUGACGUCAACGCCAACGCGGACCCUGAAGGAAGACACCCUCGAUGGAUCAGGGUGAACGUGCUCAAGAGUACUGUGGAGGACCAGCUUGAGACCACUUUCAAGGGGUACGAGAGAGCGCUUUCCAUCGAGGCCGUGACGCAGGCAACGGGAAAAGCCAUCUUUAUCGAUACUCACAUCCCCUACCUCCUCGCGGCAUCGCCUGGAACGGAUGUGACCAAGACGCAGGCUUAUCUCAAGGGCGAGAUCAUUCUUCAGGACAAGGCGUCCUGCUUUCCAGCAUACCUUCUGGACCCGCACUCGGAAGACGGCGACGUUAUCGAUUCGUGUGCGGCGCCGGGGAAUAAGACAACGCAUCUCGCAGCGAUUGUCAAGUCGCAUGAACCGGAGCAGGGAGCCCAGAAACAGACCAUCUUUGCGUUCGAGAGGGACUCCAAGAGGGCCCAGACGCUGGAGAAGAUGGUCAGGAUUGCUGGCAGUCGAGGCAUGACCAAGAUUGGUCCUGGUCAGGACUUUUUAGACGUUGACCCCACGUCUGACACAUACAAAGAUGUCGGAGCCCUGCUGCUGGACCCCAGCUGCUCUGGCAGCGGUAUCGUAGGGCGUGAUUCGAUGCCAGAACUGCAUCUCCCGGAAGUCUCUGGCCCGCCUGGAUCCAAGAACACAAAGGGAAAGCCGUCCAAACAGGACGACCGCAAGCGCAAGCGGGACGAAAAGGAGGAGCCCGGUGCGGUGAUGGUCGAUGAUGACGGCAACACGGUCGAGGUUCAGUCGGAGCAGGAGCUGCAAAAGCGUCUGGACGCGUUAGCCGGCUUCCAACUGACGCUUCUGCUUCACGCCAUGACGUUUCCCGGUGCCAAGAAGAUCACCUACUCCACCUGCUCGAUACACGCAGAGGAGAAUGAGGGCGUGGUGAUCAAGGCCCUCGCGUCAAAGGUUGCGAAAGAGCGUGGCUGGACGAUCCUACCGAGGCAGAAGCAGGUCCGCGGUAUGCGGGAGUGGCCCGUCCGUGGACUGCCCGAGGCGGCUGGAGGUGAUGAGACUGUAGCGGAAGCGUGUAUUCGUACGUACAAGGGCGACGGUCACGGCGUAAUGGGAUUCUUCGUUGCUGCGUUUGCGAGAGAGGAGACGGUCGACGGGGAUGGACCGUACUUGAGAGACGACGAAGGACGGAUCGUGAGGGAUAUGGCUGGGAUGCCGGUGCUCAAGAGCACAGGGAAGCCUGUGGUACUGGAGACGGCGAAUGUGAGCACGCCCGAGCAGGAGAAUUCAAGUGAAGAGGAGAGUGAGGACGCAAGCGAUGAAGGCAGCGGCGAGGACGAGAUAAUCUAUCAGUCUACUCGGGCUCUCCUUCGUAUCUGCCACGACGUGUGUACUUUGACCUGCUCCUUCCUCCUCGAGGAACAACAUCUAUCUCCAGGAAAGCGGGUCCUCAGCCCUUCCCGGCAACACUUUUGCCUCGAGCCUUCCUUCCCUGCUCCGUCUUUCCAACUUGCGUGCCUUAUGUUUCUCUCAGCCUCGGUAGAUUUGCCCUCCUCUCGUAGGUGCACCGGGCUACACUUGAGACCGAACGACAAAGGGAACAAGGGCAGGAAUGUUGACCUGGACCUUGUCCAGGAGUCAAUCCCUGUCGCCCAUCAGACAGGGGUAACCGACGACAUCCCACCCUUUCUAUUCCAUCAAUCUCUUCCUCUCAUCCUUCCAAAAACCACCAAGGAAAGAGAAAAUGGUUUCUCAUCGCUUUCUGUGGAUGCUCCUGGUGCCAUUGGUACCUGGGGCGGCGGGGCAGGACCAGGUCCCGCUCAGCAACGAGAUGAGGUUGAUUGCCUACAUGAGCUGACAGUUGUAGGUGCCAAGUCUCCAGAGAUCUCCAAGCACCUAACGGCAGAGUGGGAAGCAGCGCAAUCCUCAGCCAACCUCCCCAUGGCCUGGAUCGAGGACGCCGCCGAGGACCACUGCGUAGACGUGCCAGCGACCGCCUACCCCUCCGUCAAGCUCUUGCGCGACGGCGAGCCGGCGGUAGACUACCUAGGUCCUAUAACGAGCGACGAAAUUCUACGUUUCAGCGACCGCGCCCGACGGCCUCAAGUCUCCAGCGUCUCAAUCGAGGAAGCCGAGUCCUUUGGCAAUAGCGACGCUUUUGUCUGCGUAGCUCACCUCGGUCCAGAUGAGCCGGCGCUCCGGCGGGCCUUUGAGGCCGUAGCGCAGAAGCACUGGGCCGAGUUCACCUUUGGCAUCGUCGAUACGCCAACAUCCGCGGACGCCAAGGUCGUGUGCCGCAAACGCGACGACGAGAGCACGCACACGCGGAGCGCGGCAGACGGGCUCGAGGGCUGGGUCCUGGAAGUGUCCAGGCCCGUCAUCGCGGAGCUGACGCCCUUGAACCACCAGCGAUUCGUCGACCGCGCAUGGCCAAUCGUCUACAUCUUCUCGCCCUCCCCGCAAACCCGCGCCUCCAUCCGCGCAGACCUCCACGACUUUGCAAAGAAGCAGUACGCCUCCCUGACACCCGUCCCAGUCGACCCGAACCGCUUCCCCGACCUCCCCGCCAAGCUCGGCCUCGGCCCCGACGUCGCCGAAGACGCGUACCCCGUCGGCGCGGUCCACCAGGUCUCCAACGGGAGGAUCUACCCGUACCCCAAGGGCAAGGCUUUUACGCCGCGCGAGCUGCAGGGGUGGGGGCUGGACGUGUGGCAGGGACGGGUCAAGCCGUGGACGCCGCCGGGGCAGGAGGCUGUGGACGACAAGGCUGGGUCGGUGAAGAGUAACGUGAGGGUUCUGAGCUCGCAUAAUCUCAAGGUGAAGAACAUUCCGGGGCUGAAGAUCAAGAUUGGCGGGCGGGAGCGGGAUGAAUUAUAG